AUGGCCCUUAAAGCCAACACGGCCACACGCCGAAUAUUACUCGCUAUGUUCAUUGGCAUCACGCUUCAUUCCAUAUUCAGCUAUACUCACGAAGAUUAUGGCCGCGUUACGUCCCUUCGAAACAUGAACCUGCAUCUCUCCUGGGACGGGGUCAUGGAUCCUGACCAAUCAUUAUCCGAGGCUGCCCUUAUGACCCAACCCAAGGCGAACGCGACGAUCCUUAUGCUUGCGCGGAACAGCGACGUCGAUAGCGCCGUCCAGAGCGUAACACAGCUAGAGGACAAGCUGAACCGCAAUGUUGGGUAUCCGUGGGUGUUCUUGAAUGAGGAGCCGUUUUCCGAGGAGUUCAAACGGCGCGUCAGUAACGUCAUCAGCGGUGAAGCAAAGUUCGGUCAGAUCCCGCAGGAGCACUGGUUCCAGCCCGACUGGAUCGACGAGGAGAAGGCUCAGGCCAGCCGAGAUGAGAUGGUCAGCCAGAACAUCAUCUACGGGGGCAGCGUAUCGUACCGGAACAUGUGUCGGUUCAACUCUGGCUUUUUCUUCCGGCAUUCGCUUCUGCAAGAGUACAAGUGGUAUUGGCGAGUCGAGCCUGAUGUCCAGUUCCACUGCCACAUCGAUUACGACCCUUUUCGGUACAUGGAGGAGCAUAACAAGACCUAUGGUUACACGGUCACUCUGGAGGAGUACGUCCAGACAAUCCCGACGCUCUGGGCCGCGACCAAAGAGUUCAUCGCCGGGCAUCCUGAGCACAUCCCGCAGGACAACUCCAUGAGCUAUCUGUCCUACGACAACGGCGACUCGUACAAUCUUUGCCACUUCUGGAGCAACUUCCAGAUCGCGGACAUGGACUUCUGGCGAGGAGAAGCAUACAUCCAGUACUUCGAGCACCUCGACUCCACCGGCGGCUUCUACUACGAGCGCUGGGGCGACGCGCCGGUACAUAGCAUCGCGGCGGCGCUCUUCCAGAGCAAGGACAAGAUCCACUUCUUCGACGACAUCGGGCACGAGCACCGGCCGUUCACGCACUGUCCGCAGCGCGACGGCGCGUGGACACGCGGGAAGUGUGGGUGCGACCCUGAGCGGUCGUUCGAUGACACGAGGUGGUCGUGCUUGGAGCGGAGGGAACGGAUAUUCAACUGA